AUGGCGAUAAAAAAUAAUUCUUCAAUACCGUUGAUUGAUGAUCACAAUGAUAAAAAUAUCAAAGCCAAAUUUUGUUUAACACCCAAUAAUUCGUAUAAAAGUUUAUCAGAUGAAAAGCUUGAUGAGAUAAAUCAUGUAAAUGCAUCAAAUGAUUUAUCAUCGUUUCUCGAAUUUAAUUCAAAAAUGUUCUCGGAUGAUAGCAUUUGUCCAUAUUGCAAUAAGGAAUAUCGAACUCCAAAGGUAUUGCAUUGUCUUCAUUCGAUGUGCGAAGACUGUAUAAUUGCUCAGCUAGAUGGACGUGAAGACAGUGAUAAAAAUAGAACGAUAUUGAGUGAUAAUUUAUGGUCCGAAGAAGAAUUAGAACAAUCGAAUAUACAGCGUCGUGUUACACCACCUGGUGUGAUUAAAUGUCCAGAAUGUAGACAGGAAAGCCAUAUUGGAAAUGAUGUACGAUUCGUCAGUCUAAUUCUCCCAGAUUACCUGCGGAGUUAUGAUAUUGAAAAGAAGAAAUAUGCAAAUGAGAUGCGCAAAUGUCGUUCAUGUAAAAGUGAACCUGAAGCUGUUGCUGUAUGUGUUGACUGUAAAUGUGAUCUUUGUAGUGGUUGUGUUGAUGCUCAUAGUAUUAUGCGUGCAUUUGAACAUCAUAGAGUAUUGACGUAUCGUCAGUUAGCCAAAGAUCCUUCUCAGUUACCACGUGGGCCAGUGAUGUGCCUACAACAUCCUACUAUUCCUUACACGUUAUACUGUUUGAAAUGCGAUAAAAUUAUCUGUACUCAGUGUGAGAUCGAUUCACAUUCUGAUUUUUGCCACGAUAUUAGUGCUGCUGAUGAAAAACUUUGUCAGAUUUUUAAGAAUGAACUUGAAGAAAUCGUCAAAAAUGUCUCCGGAAAGAUGUUGGCAUGUUCAGAGCAGUGCAAUAGCAUUCCCGAACGAUUACGUACAUUGCACAACAAUUAUGAAGUGAUGCUGUCCCAAAUAGACGAGGCUUUUGCCGAUUAUGCCCGAGCUCUUGAUGAAGUUAAGGAAAAUAUAUUGAAAAUUUUGCUGCAGUGUCGAGAUGACACUGAGAGCAGUUUGAAUGAAAUGUCCGAUAAAGGAGACAUAGUAACGAGUAGGAUCAGUGAUGCGAUAAAAUUUGCCACUCGUUUAAUGAAUGAGGCAACUUCGGUGGAAUUAAUCGCUAGCCAAAAGUUAGCAAAACAGCAACUGCAAUCGCUCCAACAUACUCUUCCAAACAAUAUUAUUUCAACUGAGCUUGCUUUUAUACGACCAUCCUAUUCCCGUUUUGUUGAAGAUUUACGCAAAAUCGUUGGUUCUGUAAAAUGUCAAGAACCAAAUGUUUUGCAAAGUCCAGUAAGAUCAGUAACACCAAAUUCGAUUACUAAAUUAAAUUCAAACGUGGCUAUAAAUUCAGUUUUACAGUCUAGAUCAUCAGAAUCAACGCCAACUUUUCUUGAUUCAUGUAGGCAGUUGGAAUUAAAUCAAAAAUCAAUCACUCCAUUUGUUUCGUCUAAUUCGUCCGCUUUCUCCACAUAUGUAAAUUCAUUUGGUUUGAAUCCGACAAGUAUAAAUUCGCCAGGUGCGAUCGGGAUGGAACGUCGUCAUAAAUCAGGGAGUAUUUCAAAACACAGUUCAACAGCCGAAUUUAAUAGCGGUUGGCCGCCAUCAAGCAAUCCACCUGCAUCGAGCCCUACUCCUCAUAAUGGAUAUGGAAAGUCAACAAAUCAAGACAAUAGUUGCGAUUAUGUCUGGCCACCUCAUUCGAAUCCGCCUCCGGCUGAAUCUCGUGGAGUGGGGAAUGUUAUGCCGCCUUCUGCUUUAUCGUCAAUGUUACCAAUUAGCAGUCUAACAUCAAGCUCUAAGCUAAAUGAUCCAUGGAUGGUCGCGUCGUCUUCUAUUAUUACUCCUGGAGUUAUUGGACAACAAGCCGUUAGUCCGUAUUCCAUAGCGACAAAUCCUCUCCGUAGUCAAUCAACGAUGGAUAAUUUAAUUGAACAAGGUUUACAGUCGCUCAAUAAUAUAUUUGAUGCCACACUACAUAAUCUGGCGCCCAGCAUUACUUCGAUUUCCCAACAGUGUAUUGCUCCAGAUCUGCAAUUAAAGCCAGUGAUUGGUGAACGUUUUCUUCCAAUUGUGCCUCCAUCGCGAAACACUGCUUUAUCUAACGGUCAGUUAACUGAAGGUUUAAUUGUUGUAUCACAAACAGGUGGAUCAGGUUGUUCUCCUGGCGCAUUUAACCAGCCUCAUGGUUUUGCACUAGGACCUGACGAUGAAAUAGUAAUUGCAGAUACGCUCAAUAAUCGCAUACAGAUACUGUCUAAGAAUGGGCAUUUCUUGAAAGAAUUUGGUGCAUUUGGUCACGAAGAUGGUUGCCUGCAUAACCCUAAAAAGGUGAUGCCUGUCAGACUUUUUAUAAAAGGUCCCACUAGCGUUGAUGCAUAUAUGGUUGUUGAUAAAAAGAAUGGUAAUGCUAGGCUGCAGCUUUUUACAAGGAAUGGUGAAUUUAUUCGUCGAAUCGCCAAUCCGCCAGCCCAAUUUGAAUAUGUUGCCGCUUUAACAACAAAUGAAAUGGGCUAUAUUAUUUUAUUAAGUAAUAAUGCCUACUUGUAUAUUUUUGAUUUGGAUAUGAAUUUGGAAACUCAUGUGAUACAUUUUACAUCUUGCUCACCAGCGUUGCUUGAACCAUCUGAUGUGCUUGCCUUGGGUAAUCAGUAUUAUGUUACAGAUUUCAAACAACAUUGUGUUGUAGUCCUCGAUUCCCUCGGAAACAAAUUACGUUUAAUUGGAUGCGGUCAUACUCCCUAUCCGAUUGGCAUUUGCGCUAGAUCGAGUGAUGAAAUUUUCGUUGCGAACUCACAUAUGAAUCAUUUUCAAAUCUCAUUAUUCUCAAGAAAUGGUAUAAGGCAAAGAAUAUUAGAAUGCACUCAGAUGAAGGUCACGCGAUGCGUUGGUCUUGCAAUCAAUAAAGACGGUUUGAUUGUAUCCGUUUCGAAAACCUGUAAUACUGUUUUCUUUUUCAAUACAGUUCAUUUUUGA